CGUUGCUUUACUUGCCAGUGAAGCAGCUGGCGUGUAUGCAUUGGCAACACAAAACGCUUCCAUUCUUGACUCUUCUCACUCUGGGAAGUAAUAAUCUCGACGAAUUGUCGUUCAAUCUUUUGUAUCCAGAGCCGGCGCGUUCUCGGGUUGAGAAACAGCCGAUGUCCAUACUGACGGUGCGAUGUCAGAGAAGUCAGAAGACGAGGAGCUACCGACCGUCAUAUGCCCGAAUCUCAACCGACUGCACUUGGAACGUAAUCACUCUUGCUCUGUUCCGGAUUCCGUUUGUAAGUUGGAGAAACUGAAGGGAUUAAAUGUUAGUCAUAAUAAGGGCAUACUUCAUUUGCCAUUGGAGAUGGGAAAGUUAAGGAGUCUGUAUGAUCUCGGUCUUGAUGGUUUGUCGUUGAUGGAUCCUCCUCCUCAUAUCAUACAACAGAGAACAGGAGAUAUCAUCGGCUUUCUUAGUCAAAGACUGAAACAGUCUAUGCCGUAUCGUCGAUUGAAGCUGAUGUUGGUUGGAGUGUACUGUGAGAUGCAUCCUCCAAUACAAUAGUCUAAUGUAUUGUGAGAUCCAUCCUUCCAUGUACAGUAUCACAACCAGCAUUGGCAUUGUUGAGUGGAGUAUCAUCAGACGCAGUCUCGUUCCCAUGCGAGAAACAAAGGUCACAUUCGUGGUGUGGGAUUUCGGUGGCCAAGAGGAAUACUAUGCAACACAUCAGUGUUUCCUGUCACGUCGAUCAUUGUAUUUGGCUGUAUGGAGCAUGAAAGAUGGUUUUAAAGGCAUUGAGGAUCUCGGCAGAUGGCUCCUUACUAUUGAGUGUCGAGCUCCUUCAUCUUCUGUCAUCAUCGUCUGCACAUUUCUCGACGUGUUUUCAGACAAAGACAAAAAGGCCUUGACAACCAAGUACAGAGCUGAAAUCAUCCAACGAUAUGGCAUCAUCGGGCAUGUCAAGGCUGAAUAUCCGAUUAUCAGAGACAUCACGUUUGUCAGUGUUGUUAAGAGUGAUAAGGCGAUGAACAAUUUGCGAAACAUGAUUUUUAAUACGGUCUGUAGACUGGAAGAAACCGCUUUGAGAAAUUUUGCUGUCAACCCCAAUGCUCCCAUUCAACGUCUUCUCAACCAGCAAGUGCCGGCUGGAUUUAUCCAAGUUGAAGAAAGAGCAAUGGAAGUUGCCCGUGAGUGCAGAAAGCACGGAGAAGUGCCUGUACUGACAACAGCUAAUUUCAAAAAGAGAGUGAUGAGUCAUGAACACAUGACACUUGUAGACAAAGCAUCUGAGGAGGAAACGAGCCAGGCGGUUCAAUUCUUGCACGAAAACGGAAUUAUGCUACACUUUGAGGAUUCAAAUCUCAAGGAUUAUUACUUCUUGAGUCCUCAGUGGCUAUGUGACAUGCUUGCUCACAUUGUCACAAUCAAAGCUUCGAAUGCCUGCAUCUCAGACGAAGGUAUUUUGCCACUUGCAAAGUUUCCUCAAGUUUUUCGAAGCAGCCAAUUUCCUGUUAGUCUGCAGUCGUGUUAUCUUGAUCUGUUGGACAAGUUUGAAGUGGCUGUUUUGAUUGACGAGAAGAAUUUAUUGGUGCCGAGUCGUUUGCCUGAUCAUUUGACGCAGACGUCUCGAGGGGCAAGCGACAAGUUGAUCAACAGCACUGUGCUUCCCCUUCAUCGUCAUUACGCCAUGAAAUAUAUUCCACACGGUAUGUGGCCUCGUCUGAUCUCCCGCAUUCUCGGCGACAAACAAAUGAAAGAAUCAGUGGCAAAACAACUAGCAAACACCACCGAAGGAAACCUCAAGUGGUAUGCCUGGAAGAAGGGCGUCGAGCUCCACUGGAGAAACCAACCGAUUCUUCGUCUCCAGGAGGCAACAGGUUCCAUAUUCUCUUCUUCUCGACUUGAUCCAUCACUCGUCCACAUGACUGUAUGUCAUCAAUUUGACUUGUUCAACGACAUCGAUGUCAUACAGAGUAGUCACGAUGUCGACCUGCAGUUGUGGAUCGCGAACGAUCCAGUGAAAACGUGUGAGUUGAGCGGCCACGACAAGCUUGAAGAUGAACUUGCGGACGAAGCCGAAACGGUGAAGACAGAGUCUCCAAUGCCAGGCAGGAGGUACAGCAUGAAGGAAGUCGAUAAAGGGUUUACGGUUAUUGAAUUCGAUCACGGGUAUGAAACGUCGGUGGAACGACGACACGAAAUGAGUCUGAGUCUUUCAGUGAAGACGAAAACGUCGCACGACACGGACAGACAGAGACACGAGAGUUUUGUUAAUUCCGUCAGCAGCUAUUUGCCUCCGGAGUCGCGUCCGGAGCCGCUGGCAGUCGAAUUGCUUACCCGUUGUGUGUCCCACAUUGACACCAUCCUACAAGACUGGUAUCACGGAUUACGAGACUACAACACGUUCUCACUCUGUCGCGACUGUCUACGUUCGGCUCUACUGCACAGUGAAACGGUCGACGUCGCCAACAGUCGAUCCGUUCAUGUGUGCAUUUUUACGUUGGACGCUGCUGUACGACAGGCCUACUGUACUGAUACGAUCGCCUGCAGACAACAUGAGAAUGUGCCUUUAGCGUGGAUCGUUCCUGAUGCUCUGUUUGGUGAUCUACCGGCAUCGUCGAUUAUUAGACCUUCGUGUCUGAAGCAGAGUUACUUGCUUGGUAAAGGAGGAUUUGGUGAUGUGUGGCAGGGACAGUUGAGUAGAAAGGAUAAGCCGUCUAUUUCGGUUGCCUUGAAGAUGUUGAUUAGAGGGAUCAUGGACAUUAGUAGCCAGAAACGCACCAAAACGACUCAAACCGCCGAAGCGGCUCACUUUUCAGAAGCUCUUCUAUCCGCACGCUUGGAAGUCUCCUUCCUCUCUCAACUCAACCAUCCUCACGUUGUCAAAAUGUUUGGAGUGUGCGUUCGGCCUCUUUGUGUCGUCCUCGAACUCGCACCAAUGGGCAGUCUAGAGAAGAUCAUCGAGGCAUACAGCACAGCUCAGUGGCUCAUCGAUGCCUACAGCAGCUGUUGUGUUGCACAGCAAGUUGCCAGUGCAUUAGAUUACCUUCACUCAACAAUGAACGUGAUCUACAGAGAUCUAAAGAGUGACAACGUUCUCGUCUGGAAAUUUCCAAUGCCAAACAGGUGGAAGGAUAACGAUGAACAAGACGUUGUGUUCGUUAAGCUUUCUGAUUAUGGGAUUAGUCAGUGGGCGAAUGCUAAAGGCAGAGCGAAAGGUUUCGGUGGAACCGAGGGUUACAUUCCACCCUAGGUAUACAAACAUCGUGGUAGAGAGGCGUUUAAUACAAAGAUUGACAUUUUUGCGUAUGCUAUGGUCCUGUAUGAGUUGAUUACGCUGCAACCGCCGAUGAAGGAUACUCAGCCAGACGAGUUGGAACAAGCGUAUCUUUCAGGAAAGAGGCCGUUGUUAAACAGGGAG